AUGAAGGCGUCGAUUGCCGGACCGUUGCCGAGAGUUGAGCGCGUGCUCGCGUGGCUCGUCUGGUGCACGCAUUCGGCGGCGGCGUUUCUCAUCGCGAUCGCGGUUUGCAAUGGCAGACUGCACACGUGGAUUCAGCACUGGCUGCGUGAGAGCAGCUACCAUCCCAACUUCAAAAUGGACCUUUCUGAUAUGGAAUGGGCCUAUUAUCGAGGCACGAUUUGCCAUUUGGUUUUUGAUUAUUCGUUGAAUAGUAUUGGCCUUUACCUUAUUCGGAAGUAUUUGAAGCCGCCUUAUUCAUACUACGCAAUCAUCGCAUUCGGAUUCAUUUUACAGAUUCAUAUGGGCAGCUUGAAAUGCGUCGGCGUUUUGUACGCGUUCGCCGCGCUCGUCACCAUUUUGACGAAUUUCUGUCGACAUUACGCGAUUUGUUGGAUUAUUUGCAUUUCGUUUAUUGUCAAAGCUUACCAAUAUGCGCCAUUCUCGCUGGGAAAUGCGAUUUAUUAUCGAGAAUUCAAUAUUUACCUCUAUGGAGCGAUCAAGAUAAUCAGUGCAAAUCUAUUCUUAUGCUCGAAUCCAAAAUUGGGUUUCAAGGAUGUCUGGCUUCAAACUUUAUUAUAUUACGCAUAUUUACCAUAUUCGAUCACGUUAAUAGUCACAUUUUCGGAUUUUAAAUCUCAAUUUCAAUUGUGGGAGGUUUCGAGUGGAAUUGCAAGAAGUUGGAGAGAAUUCGCAAAAGCUGCGCUCCGCUUGAUUUUCUGGUUUUUCGUUUUCGAAGCGAUGCUUCAUUUUAUUUAUGUGAACGCGAUUUUCAAUUCGCCAAUUUCAAUUAUUAACAGUCUGAACAUUUAUGAAGCAUGCUCGGUGGCGUACAUUGUUGGGCAAUUUUUCCACUUGAAAUAUGUUGUGAUUUUUGGGGUGCCGGCGUUUUUCGCGUUUCUUGACGGAAUGCGUCCACCGCCUCCACCGAUUUGUAUUUCGCGGGUUUCUUUGUAUUCGAGAAUGUGGAGAUAUUUCGACAACGGGCUUUAUCAGUUUUUAAAGCAUCAUGUAUAUAUUCCUGUAAUGAGUAAACCACUUCCACGAUUCCUCUCAGUUUUGAGAGGAUUAAUGGCGAUCGCUGCGGUCUUCAGCGUUGUUCUAGCUUGGCACGGGACCAAAAGGCAUUAUCUAUUUUGGGUUUCCCUUUCUGCUUUUGAAUUGAUCACAGAAAGAAUUGGAAGCAUGAUUUGGAGAACGGAAUUCGUACAAAACGUUCGCAAAAACAUUGGCGAAAAUUGGUGUAGAAGAAUCAUUGCUACUCUCAUGCUGCUAACAGUAACCCCAGGAAUAUUUGGCGUUUUCUUUUUCCUAGGCCAAGAAGGUGUAGGAGAAUCGAUAUUUAAAAACGCAGUUAUUCAAGGAUUUCUAGAUGUUAUCAAUUUCAAUAUUACAAUCAAGCCACUAUCGACUGGAUUCGGAUUUUUGCACAUUCUCACACUUGGGUAUUUCUUCAACAAUGUUUGCCUUGAUUUGGAAUAUUUUAAACUUAAUAAAAAAGAUUAA